AUGCAGAUGGAACGAGCGAGCGUUAGCGGAUCCCCAGUUCAUCUGGCAAAAAAAAUAGCUCCAGGAACUCGCAAAUUUGAAUCAUUAGAUGUAGUCACAAAUAUCUGGGGAUUGAUUCCGCACGAAAAUAUACCGAUUUAUCGUUAUGAUUUCCGUGUAUUAGAAGAAUAUCCACCUAAAAAGGGUAGCACGGAACCAUCACUGAAAGAAGUAACGAAAAACACGAAAAAUGAUUAUCUUACGGUGGAUCGCAAAACACGAUGUUUGAUAAUUUACCAAGCUUUGUUGAAACGUGAGAAACAAUUUUUCGGUGCUAUGGACUCACUAAUUUAUGAUCGUGCUUCUAUUUUGUAUUCUUUACGGAAACUACCUUUUCAAAUGGCUGGUGAUGAGCAGCGGGAAACAUUUUUUUUAAACCCGAGUGAACUUCCAGUAAAUACUGUUGAUAAAGAUUGUGUGAAGAUACAUGUAUACGUGAAACCUUGUAAAGAAGAUUUCCAAUUGACAAUGAGUGAUCUGAAGAGUUGUGUCAGCAGCAAUCCGGAUGAAAUCAACCGAAGUUUACAGCAGUUUUUAGAAAUUUUGGCUAUGCAAGAAGUAUUUUUCAUGCAAGGCCAAUUUGUGAGUUAUGGAACUGGAGAGUGUUACCUUAUGGAUCCAAGCCAGUUCGGCUUUGGAGAGAGAGAUGUGCCCGAGCUUCAGGAAGGGAAAUAUGUUGCUAUUGGUGCAGCGAAAGGUGUACGAGUAAUUGAAGGACCACGAGGCUUCAACAAAGGCAUUAACGCAGCAUUAGUACUUGACGUGAAAAAAGCAGCAUUCCAUAUUGAUAAUCAGAACUUGCUUGGAAAGGUGGAACACAUUCUUCGAAAGAGUAGAGUUGACUUGACGCGUGGUGUUGAUCAGCAGUCAAUAAUUGUUUUAAAUAAAGCUCUCAAAGGAUUGUAUGUUCGUUGUAAUUAUGGCAAAAACCGUGCAUUCAUUAUUGCAGCUAUUUCGAAAGAAACUGCGCGGACAGCAAAGUUAGUGGCCAAAGACGGUGAAAUGUCGGUUGAGAAGUAUUUCGUGAUGAAAUAUUCGAUGAAACUGAAAUAUCCAACGUUGCCGUUGAUUAUGGAACGAUGUCAACCAACAAACAACUUUUAUCCGAUAGAACUGUUAAGUGUAUGUGAGAAUCAACGAGUAUCUAGGACACAACAGACAUCAUCUCAGGUGCAGACCAUGAUUCGAACAUGUGCUAUAAAUCCGUCUCUUCGACUGCAGCAGACAAAUGCACUAGGUAAAGCGAUGAAGAUUGAUACCCUUAGCAAGAAUAUAUGGAUGGAAAAGUGUAACGUGGCUCGUACAAAUAAUUUGGCGUUCACGGCAAGAGUGCUUCCUAUGCCAGCUAUUGAAUAUCGAACGAACGGUUGGCUAAAACCGAGCGAGAUGGCUUCAUGGAUGGAUGGGAAGAAUCAAUACCUGAUUCCGGCUGUUUGCAAAAAUUGGUAUGCGGUGGCAUUAAUGGGUCCACGAGAAGGAAGGCUUAAUGAGCAUCAAUUCCGUAAUUAUGUACGCAUUUUCUUGCAACAUUGCCGUCGGCAUGGCAUGGAAAUGAGCGAUCCAGCCAGAUGUGAAUAUAUUCAUCAUUCAAAACAACAGGAUAUUGAACCGUUGAUUGCGAAAGCCAAAAGUAUGGGCGCUACAUUCGUUCAUUUUGUGACUGCUGAUGAAUUGAAUUAUCAUGCGCACAUGAAAUAUAUCGAGUCGCAAGAACAAAUUGUUACACAAGAUUUGAAAGCAUCCACCGCAAUAGCAGUGGCCAUGCAAAACAAACGUCAAACACUUGAUAAUAUUGUCAAUAAAGCGAACAUAAAAAUGGGAGGGCUGAAUUAUUCGGUGCAUCUUGAGACGAGCUGCGACGAAUGGCUAACGAAAUCAGGGCUUCUCGUUGUGGGAUUAGAUAUAGCACAUCCUGCUUUUUCCUUGGUGUCUAAGAAGGAUCGAAAUACUGUCCCGUCUGUUGUUGGUUAUUCAGCCAACAUAAAAAAACAUCCAUUGGAUUUCAUUGGCGGAUAUCGCUAUGGCAAGGCGAAUGCGGAAGAGAUGGUAGACGAUACGAUGCAACAUAUAUUCUCAGAUAUAUUACGUUAUUUCAAUGCAAAUCGCAGGAAACCGCCCACGCAUUUAUUCGUUAUUCGAGAUGGCAUAUCUCUAGGACAAUACAAAUAUGUCAUGAACACUGAAGUAGAGCAGAUCAAAAAAGCUUGCCAGAUGGUUGGCGGACCUGGUUUCCGUCCCCACAUCACUUUCAUUGUGCUCACAAAGAUGCACAACUUGCGCAUUUAUAAGAAGAAUAUUCGUAAGCAGGAUCGAGCUGCGCAACAGAACAUUAAACCGGGUACAAUUAUCGACGAGUAUGUGGUGAACCCUGUAAUAAACGAAUUUUAUUUGAAUUCUCAUUCUGCAUUUCAGGGUACCACAAAAACACCACGGUAUACAGUAUUGCUUGAUACUUCGGAAAUGAAGGCGGAUGUAAUGCAGGGUAUCGUGUAUGCACUUACGUACGAUUUCCAAAUUGUAAAUAUGGCUGUGUCGCGUCCAUCUCCAGUGAUGAUUGCUUCACGUAUGGCCAAGCGUGGUCGUUCUAAUUAUAUAGCUAUGUACGGUGAUGAGUCCGAAAAUUCUGAUAAUGGUAGCGGUAGCGUUGAGAAAGAUAUGGUCGAGUUAAACAAUCAACUGAGCUACAUUAGUAAACCGCUGGAGGCCGUGCGAUUUAAUGCUUGA